AUGGAGGCUGCUACAUCGAAUGUCCGAAGAGGCCACCUCAUCGUCAUCGAAGGCCUUGACCGCUCUGGCAAAUCCAGUCAAUGCCAGCUACUUUUGGAGACAUUGGAGGCCAGACACGAUAGAGCUCGAUACGUCAAAUUCCCAGAUCGAACCACGCCUACUGGACAGAUGAUCAAUGGCUACUUGACUGGCCAUGCUCAACAGGAUGACCAUUCAAUCCAUUUAUUGUUCUCAGCCAAUCGAUGGGAGGCUAUCAAGGGCAUUCAAGAGGAUCUCUUGAACGGAGUGACGGUCAUAGUUGAUCGCUAUUCUUUCUCUGGAGCUGUUUAUUCAGCAGCAAAGGAGAAUCCCGACCUUUCGCUGGACUGGGCAUGGUAUCCUGAGAUUGGUCUUUUGAAGCCGGAUAUUCUGUUCUUUCUCGACAUCUCCUCCGCUGAUGCUGCCAAGCGAGGUGGCUAUGGCGCAGAGAGGUACGAGACCGAAAAGAUGCAAGCACGUGUCCGAACAUUGUUCAACGAGCUAUUCCAGCGACUUGACAACGUCCGAGUAAAGGAAGUCGAUGCAGGCAGAAUAGUCAGCGAAGUCGCAACCGACAUUUUGGCCGGUAUCGAGCUGGUAUCGCGAGACGAAGCUACGUCAAAGCCCUUGCAGAAGCUGGGACCACUCCUCAACAUCACUUGA